AUGAAGCUCGCAGGCGUGUGCGAUCUCAACACGGCUCGUGUCUAUGACGCUUUCAAACGAACGCAUUAUCCAGAAGACGGAAUCGACAUGACUAGAACGAUGAGCUUGGCAGAAGGCAUCAAGGCCGGUAAGACGGUUGUGACGACUGAAUCUGCAGCUCUUAUCGCGCACCCCGACAUCGACGUCAUCCUCGAGGUCACAGGAAACCCCGCGGCAGGUGUGCGCCACGCCCUCCUGUGCUGCGAGCACAAGAAGCACAUCGUGAUGAUCAACGUCGAAGCCGACGUUCUCGCCGGGCCACUCUUGGUCAGGAAGGCGAAAGAGGCCGGUAUCAUUUACUCCAUGGCAUAUGGCGACCAGCCCGCCCUGAUAUCGGAGCUGGUGGACUGGGCCAGAACCUGUGGAUUCGACGUGGUGUGUGCCGGCAAAGGCACCAAGUAUCUCCCGGACUAUAAGUACUCCACCCCCGACACCGUGUGGGGUCUGUACGGAUUCACACCAGAGCAGGUGGCGAGGGAUAGUCUGAAUCCUCAGAUGUUCAACUCGUUUCUCGAUGGGACCAAGUCCAGCUUGGAGAUGGCGGCGGUGGCGAACGGCACGGGGCUGGCUUGUCCGACAAAGGGGUUAAGUUUCACCCCAUGCGGAUACCACGACAUGGCCAAGGUCUUGAAGCCCGUCUCCGAAGGUGGAGUCUGCGAGAAGUCGGGUAUAGUGGACGUUGUGUCGUCUUUGGAACGCAACGGGAAGCAAGUAUUUAAAGAUGCGAGGUUCGGGGUGUACGUGGUAGUCAAGGCUCCCAGUGAUUAUCAAAAGGAGUGCUUUCAGCAGUACGGCCUUGAGACAGACCCCUCAGGAUACUACGCAACACAGUACAAACCAUUCCACUUUAUCGGUCUCGAAGUUGGUUAUUCCGUGGCAAGCAUCAUGAGUCGCGGUGAACCAACGGGCCAGACUAAGACAUUUGCAGGUGAUGUCGUUGCUACAGCAAAGCGAGACCUCAGCGCGGGAGAAAUACUGGACGGCGAAGGCGGGUACACCGUCGUCGGGACGUUGAUGCCGGCACAAGCAUCUCUGGAAAUGGGAGGUCUACCAAUCGGGCUGGCCCACGGCGUGAAGCUGAAGAAUGAUAUCAAGAAGGAUCAAUGUCUCAGCUGGGGAGACGUCGAGUUUUCGGACACAUCGCAGGUGGUGGCGAUCAGGAGAGAAAUGGAAGCAAUCUACCGUGAAGAGUUUGCGGCAAAGGCACUAAAGCAAAAGGUUAUCCAUUAA